GCUAGGAGCAGCGAGGACGUGCGCGCUCCCGCUUCUUCCUCUUUCUCGACUCCAUCUUCGCGGUAGCAGCAGCGGUUCCCGCUGUCCAGUCGCCGACAUGCAGCUCUUUGUCCGCGCUCAGGAGCUCCACACCCUCGAGGUGACUGGUGAGGAGACUGUCGCCCAGAUCAAGGAUCAUGUGGCUUUGCUGGAGGGCAUCGCCCCCGAAGAUCAAGUCCUCCUUCUGGCCGGCACACCCCUGGAGGAUGAGGCCAUCCUCGGCCAGUGUGGGGUGGAGGCGCUGACAACUCUGGAAGUCGCAGGCCGAAUGCUGGGAGGGAAAGUCCACGGCUCUCUGGCCCGUGCAGGGAAAGUGAGAGGCCAGACUCCCAAGGUGGCCAAACAGGAGAAGAAGAAGAAGAAGACUGGCCGGGCCAAGCGACGGAUGCAGUACAACCGGCGCUUUGUCAAUGUGGUGCCCACUUUUGGCAAGAAGAAGGGGCCUAAUGCCAAUUCCUAAGUCUGCAAUCUUGGCUUUCUGGAAUAAAGCCACAGAGCCCAGCUGA